UUCUUUGCUGUUGAUUGUUUUUCUUCAUUCCAGAAUGAAGUGGCUGCUGCUUUGGCAGAAGCAGGUAUUUCUGUGUUUGCAUGGAAAGGAGAGUCAGAAGAAGACUUCUGGUGGUGCAUAGAUCGCUGUGUUUAUGCUGAUAGCUGGCAGCCUAAUAUGAUCCUAGAUGAUGGUGGUGAUGCUACUCACUUGAUGUCCAAGAAGCAUCCAGCUCUCUUUAAGAUGAUCAAGGGAAUUGUGGAGGAGAGUGUGACUGGUGUUCACAGACUUUAUCAGCUCUCUAAAGCUGGGAAGCUGUCAGUUCCAGCCAUGAAUGUAAAUGAUUCUGUCACCAAGACCAAGUUUGACAAUUUAUACAGUUGUCGUGAGAGUGUCUUGGAUGCAUUAAAACGAUCAACCGAUGUGAUGUUUGGUGGAAAACAGGUUCUCGUAUGCGGAUACGGAGAGGUGGGAAAAGGAUGUUGUUCUGCAUUGAAAGGAAUGGGCUCAGUUGUUUAUGUAACAGAGAUUGAUCCUAUUUGUGGUCUCCAAGCUUGUAUGGAUGGAUUCAAGGUAGUAAAAAUCACAGAAGUCAUUCGGAACAUCGACAUUCUUAUCACAGCAACAGGAAACAAGAACGUGGUGAACAGAGAUCACAUUGAUAAAAUGAAGAAUGGUUGUAUCCUCUGUAACAUGGGUCAUUCCAAUACUGAGAUUGAUGUGCAAAGCUUACGAACACCCGAUCUGACUUGGGAAAAAGUUCGAUCUCAAGUAGACCAUAUUAUUUGGCCAGAUGGAAAGAGGAUUAUCCUUAUUGCAGAGGGCAGACUCGUGAAUCUGAGCUGUUCCAGUAUUCCAUCUUUUGUAGUUUCAAUAACAGCUGCCUCACAAGCCCUAGCUCUGAUUGAACUGUACAAUGCUCCCAAUGGUCGAUAUAAAAGUGAUGUGUACUUACUUCCAAAGAAGAUGGAUGAAUAUGUGGCCAGUCUUCACCUUCCUAGCUUUGAUGCUCACUUAACAGAAUUAACAGAUGACCAGGCUAAAUACAUGGGAUUGAACAAAGCAGGACCUUUUAAACCUAAUUAUUACAGGUAUUGAAAAUAAAGGACCAGUAUAAUAAUCACGAAAAUGAUGUAGAUUUUCAGGAUAUGUAACUUUGGGCAACACUUCUUCGUACUGAACACUCAGAUCUGUAAUUAUGGUUAUACCAUCUGGGAUGACAGUUGUGAUUUUUAGAAGUUACAGUCAUGAUUAAAAUGUGGUAUUUAUGAUAGAGAAUAAAAAGUUUAAAUGUUAUUAUAUACCAGAUGAACAUUAAGUAGACAUUUCUUGAGUAGGUUUUUUUUUGUUUUGUCUAAGUGAAGUUACCAAAGUUUGUGUGUUUUCUCUGUGGUUCAUGCAGA